ACGUCGACGUUUUUAACCUUUUCCGAGCUUCCUUAUCCAAAUCCAUGGCGUAGCUCUGUGUUGCUUUCAAACCGGAAGAAACUGAACGGAGAGCGGUGAAUAAUAUCCCAGCAAUGGCUCUGGUUCGCCUUCCUUGUUCUUCAUCUUCCACUUUCCUCCGCUCUAAACAACAGCAUCCGAUCUUUCUCGCACCUCUCUCGUGUUCGCAAAAUCCAUCUUCUUCCAUCAAUGGCGACAUCAAUCUCUCUCUUUAUCGCUCUUCUUCCUCUCUUCUUUCUACUUCCUUUGACCACAAUCCCUUCAUUUUCACUGAAGGUAACAAAUCUAGGAGGUUGAUUUUCCAUUUCGCUUCAACCUCCCAAGACGAUGCAGUAGCGAGCUCUCCUUCUGAUACUGAGGAAUUUUCUCGAACCAGAUUGCUUGCUCAGAACGUGCCUUGGAAUUCUACUCCUGAGGAUAUUCGUUCUCUGUUCGAGAAAUUUGGUACUGUUCUGGACGUGGAGCUUUCAAUGUAUAACAAGAUCAGAAACAGGGGAUUGGCGUUUGUAACGAUGAGAUCACCUGAAGAAGCUCUUGCAGCACUCAAUAAUCUCGAAUCGUAUGAAUUUGAGGGUCGUACUCUAAAGCUCAAUUAUGCUAAGCUUAAAAAAGAGAAACCCUCCCCUACCGUGAAGCCAAAACCAGUUACGUUCAAUUUGUUUGUGGCUAAUUUAUCAUUUGAAGCAAGAGCAAAGGACCUUAGGGAGUUCUUUGAUUCAGGGAGUGGUAAUUUAGUUUCUGCACAAAUUAUUUUUCAUGAGAAUCCAAGAAGGUCUUCUGGAUAUGGUUUUGUUGCCUUCAAAACCAAAAGGGAUGCUGAAGCAGCUCUUUCUGAGUUCCAAGGGAAGGUAAUUUCAGGUGUUACUACUUAUUUUUUAGCCUCAAGAACAGUGUAUAUCAGCAUUCUUAUGGUUCUUCAUCUGUUUGAAUUGCAGAUUUUCAUGGGAAGAGCACUUCGUGUUGCACGUAGUAAGCAGUUUGUGAAACUUCCUGAAGAGAAAUCUCAAUCUGAAGUUACAUCAACUGAUGGCAUGGUGCUAUCUAAUGCUGCUGCUGAAGUUUAAAAUACGUGGUCGUCUCGUGGUAGAACGAAACAUACUGUACUAAUCGAGAACAUUAAGCAACCGUCUGCGAUUUGUUUGUUUGGUUGAUUGCUUUAUAUGCUUUAAGUAGUCAAUUCAUGAAUGUUGGCAAACCCCUCAGUGUGAAGAGGCAACGGGCGUCGAGUUCUUGAAUUUCAUUGCUUCAUUCUGUUAUUUGAACUAUGUUAUGUGGUUUCUCUGUCCGGAGCAAGUAGUGAAGAUGCCAGAUAUUAUCUUCCACUGCAGUGUUGAUUGUUUGUUCUUUUUCACGCCAUGAUAAGUUGUUCAACCUUGUUCUUUAGAACUUCAUGAAUUCUUCAUAUUACAUUAUUGUCUCUCUGUUCUCUUUCUCUUCUCCUUUUCUUCUUUUCAGGUGACAUAUUGUUAGGUGUGGAAUCAUUUCUUGUUUUGCGUCAUUGUUAUCUUCUUUGAUGUUCUUAGUACCCUAACUUUUGUAUGAAUAUUCUCAAACUUCGACGAAUACAAAGUCGUGUACUGCGUGCUAAUUAUGUCAAAUUUUCUUGUAUAAAAUUAUAUUAGCUUCGUGUUGGGACCGAGUUCAUACUCCUUAGGCCAUACUUGCCUAACUAUUCUCUUCCAAUAUUGAAGGACAAGAAGAAAGUAGACGGUAUAUAUAGCCUACAUGUGCAUUCUCUUGCAAGAAUGUUCUUGAUCUUGAAAUUUGAAGGAAGACAUGCUCGAUAAAGAAAAAACGUGUAAUCUUCCACAAAGUUGAGGUUGAAAAGCAUCCUUGAAACCUAAUGCUUCUCCCUCUAGUGAUCUCUGUUAAUCCAAUAGGGGUAUGAGUAUAGUUCUAGUUGUGUUCAUCAUCUUGAGCUAGCAAAAAAUGACUGACAAAUGUUGAUUGCCCUUAAACAUAUGAUUUCCCAUUUAGUUUGAUAUCCAGUUCAAACCAUCCUCGGAAAGAUUGCCUUUGCAUUAGGUAACAUAAUUCUAUUACUGAUGUCAAUCUAAACAAUCUCUAUACAAUUCUACUGAUUAGACAAAUAUCAAACAUAUAUUUUCAAACAAAAGGUUAGAAGUUCGAAUUCUCUGUAGGGAAUAUUGGGGUGGUUGGCUUGAGGCCAACGGGCCCCAAUGAAGCCCGAACUCAUGUGGAGUUGUGGUAAUGGAAAUGCCGGGAUGGUAGAACCAAACCACAUUAAUGCAAACCUUUCAUCUUCCUUAUGAUGACUUCCUUUGGUCCUUUUACUUUUAGGCUCUUCUUUGUUGGGUGGAAUGUUAAAUCAUAACCAACUACAUUUCUAUUCUCAGGCUAAAGUUUAAAGUUCAUCAAGAUGUCUAAAUUGUAAGAGCUCAAUUGUCAGAAUUUGGUUAGUUCAGAAUUUUCAUUCAA